ACAAGCCGUUUGGCAAAUCAAGUAUUGUACAGUUUGUUGUGAUUUAUAAAUACAGUGGUACGAGAAGGAGGGAGACCCCGCAGCACACACAGACUGUCCGCCGAUACAGAAACAUGGAGAGUGACGAGGAGAAAAUGCGGGUGAUGCGCAAAGCAUUCCAAGUCUGUGAUGUCAACAAGUCCGGCUUCAUCGAGACCCUGAAGAUCAGUGGUAUCCUGACUACCAUCGGCCAGGUGUUCGACGAGGCAGAGCUGCAGGAAGUCAUCGAGGAGGUCGAUCCUGAUUUGACCGGGAAGGUAAAUUUUGACCAGUUUUGUGAGAUUGUAUGGCAUUUCCUGGAAGAAGAGGAUGCGGAUGCGAUGCAAGCUGAGCUCAAGGAAGCCUUCAGGCUGUAUGAUAAGGAGGGCAACGGAUAUAUAACGACACAGGUACUGAGGGAGAUCCUGGCGGCCCUGGACGACGCGCUCAAACCCGAGGACCUGGACGGGAUAAUUGCAGAAAUUGACACAGACGGCUCCGGCACCGUAGACUUUGAUGAAUUCAUGGAGAUGAUGACUGGGGAAUGACUUUUGACUCCAAGCUUCUUUAUAAGAACAAGAAAACGCACGUGUACGUCUUAUUCAGUAUUUUCCAAACAAAUUCGAUUUUGUUGGUUGUGUUCCGAUGAGUUAUAUUUUAUUUCCAGUAUUAAUUUUUGUAAAUGACAUAGUAUUAAAUGUAUGAUUAUUUGUUACGAA